CGCACUUAGUAAAUUCGGGCCUAAAGCCGGUUUUCCACCAAAGCAACUGGGUUUUGUUUCCAAAAAGAGCAACAAAAACUAGUUGCUGUCUUUGGAAACAAAAAUUCAACUAUGUGUCCACCAAAGCAACAUCAAUAGAUAUUUUUGUUUUCGGUUUGUUUUCAUCUGUUUCUACUAAAGAGACAGGAAACAGUUUGAAAAUGUCGACUAAGAGCGAUGAUUUAUUUGUGAUUGCAUGUGGGUUUUUCGUUAUUCAAUCAAUUAAAGAAAAACAAAAAAAAAGAAAACCAAGAUAUUGGGUAAGGCCAUUUUUAAAGGAACGGAAUAAGUAUGGCAUAAACGAAAUGAUUAAUAACCUACGAAAAGAUGAUUUGGGAAUAAAUGGUGAACUGAGGUCUUCAUUUAAAAACUUCGUAAGAAUAUCAAGUGCUGACUUUGAGUAUUUAAUACAACUAGUGGGUCCGAACAUUUUUAAGCAAAACACCAACUAUAGAGAUGCUAUUUCCGUAACAGAUCGCUUGGCAAUUACAUUACGAUUUUUGGCAACAGGGGAUAGUUUUCAAAGCUUAAUGUAUUUAUUCAAAGUAUCCACUACCACAAUUUCAAGAAUUGUGCCGGAAGUAUGCAGUGUUCUAUUCGAAGAACUAUGUCAUUUCAUACAGGUUCCAACUGUUCCCAAUGGAUGGAAAAAAAUUGCUAAUUACUACAAUAAUUUAUGGAAUUUUCCGAUGUGUCUUGGCAGUAUGGAUGGCAAACAUAUAAUAAUUCAAUCCCCGGAGUUCAGCGGAAAACCAGAGAAAGUUGAAAAAAUUACAAUGGCUUGCGUUACUUUGCACAAUUUUUUAAGAAGAAAUGCACAAGCAAAAUAUCUCUAUACUCCACCAGGAUCAUUUGAUGCAGAAGAUUUAGAACUUGGGACACUAACUGAAGGGGCCUGGAGAAAAGAUUCGGAAGUGCUUCAAUCAUUUUUGCCUAUAAAAAAAGAGGCAAGAAAAUCCUCAUAUAUAGCUAAAGAAAUUCUAGACGAAUUUAGUGAAUACUUUGUGUCGGAAAUUGGACAAGUACCUUGGCAAUCAAAAUAUAAUUAA